AAUUUAACAACAUGGCAGACUUAGAAGUACAACCUUUCGGGUUAACCCGAGCCCAAUCUGCAGCAGUUAUUCGAGGAAGUGCUAUAGACAAUCAACCUCAACUAAUGUUGACACGGACAUAUUCAAUCCCCAAUGUUUUUGAUUAUCAUCGACGAACAGAUCAAUACAAGUUUUUUUCUUUAAAAAAUCCUUUCAAAAUUCUUCUUAUUUUCAGACCUCAAUUUUCUAUUUAUUCCUACUCCUUAGCUAAACAUCGUCCUUAUUUUCCUUAUCGAUAUGUGAGGGAUACUGAACGAGGCGCCGCAGCUAACAGUUUCUGGUAUAAUCGUUAUUAUCAAUUUACUCCCCUCUUUAAACGUUCAAUCUUCCGUCCCUAUUUCUACUAUCGCCACGAUUUUGACAAUCCAAGCUAUUCAAGACGAGCAUACGACCCAUUCUUUACACCCCAUUUUGACGCAUAUUCUUAUGGAAAUUGGGGGAAAGUUCGACAACAUUAUGUUUAAAAAGAAAAUUGAGAAAAUAUGAGAAGAGAGUGAAAGAGAGAGAUGAUUUUUGAAUGAAUAAAAUUUUAAAAUAAAUAUAAAAUUUUUAAAAGGCAGAUAAAAGAUUUUC